GAACAUGAGUUCAUUACCCUAAGAAACGGUGUUCUGUUGCUAAUAAGUCAGGGGACUCGUUGAACUAAAUCCCUUUUAUCUACUUUCACAAUCAUUUGAAAUAUUUGAGAUUCCUCUUCUGUUUUAGUGGGUGCGGAUGCGGCGCGCGUUGGUUGGGACUUACAAUCGUAUGAGGCUUGGUUUUGGCUUAUUUGCACAAUAGCACCCUGUAUGAGUUCUUCGUUAUUUAUUUGCUGGUUUUGUCUCAAAAUUUAGUGCUGAAGCUAGAGUUUUGUCCUAAAAGUAGUUACCUAACAGAGUGAUCAAAAUAACACUGACCAAAGUAGGACUUUUAAACAGAAUAAUUGGCAUUUGAAUUCAUUAUUUACCCAAUCAAUUAAAUUUAAGCAGAUGACCGAAACAGAAGAGGCGGUUAUCCAUCGGCGUAAUAUUGUGAAGGAAAACAGUAACCUACCGGGAACUACAGAUAAUGUUGAUGAUGAACCAGAAUCUGAAGCCGAAUCCAAGGAAGUAAGACUAACGUUAAUGGAAGAAAUAUUGCUGUUGGGACUAAAAGAUCGAGAAGGAUACUUAUCAUUUUGGAAUGAUAGUGUAUGUUGUGGACUCCGAGGAUGCAUACUUGUUGAACUUGGUCUCAGAAAUCGAAUUGGACUUGAGCCGAGUGGGAUGCGUCGUAGGAACCUGUCUUCUAGGUGUAUUAUUGUCAAAAAGAGCGUACCGACUGGUGACGCAUUGUUAGAUGAGGCUCUCAAACAUAUCAGAGAUAACAAGCCUGAAAAUACUAAGACGUGGAUUGAAUAUCUCAGCGGUAGGUUUAUAUAUACAUAUCCACAAUUGCUUUUAGGUGAAACAUGGAACCCAUUUAAAUUACCAUUACAGCUCCGCAAUGUCAGGGAAAGGAUAGCAAAAAAUCUCGUAGAAAAACGCAUAUGCACAAUAGAAAAACAGAACUUUAUCCUUUUUGAUAUGAUGACACACCCCUUAGUAGACCUUGGAAGUAAAAAACGCGUAAUUAGCCGUAUUCAGGAUGUUGUUCUUAAUAAAUGGAGCACAGAUGUUCAAAAAGUUGAUAAGCGACUACUCUCUCUCGUGCUCUUGUCUCACUAUUCUGAUGUCCUAGAAAGUGCUUUACAACAUCUUCCAGACAAUGUUUAUGAUCUUGCCAGAAAGCGUAUUGAUGAUGCGCUCCAAAUGGACUUCUUUGCAGAGGCCAAUAAAGAAGGUUCUUGUGAAAUGUUGUGGGCAGUCAUGGCUGCUCUUAAUUCAUAAAAACCAAAUUACCAAAUGUCUUGGCUGUGAUUAUUUGUGUGAAGCUCCACCUCGCUAUUUUCAUGCAACCUUUAAUUUACAAUGACGUAGCUAACUUUUGUAUUUUAUACGAAACAAUUGAGUUAAUAUCGAAUCAGAUCUUUCCACAAUGUUUAUUCACACUAUGUGGUUUAAUUUUCCAUGGUUCACUUUGCAAACUUUUCUUUCACUGAUUUGGUUCACCUUCCUAAUUUAGGGAAUUUGAAGACCUAUUGAUCUCUAAUUUUUUUAGUCUUGGUACAUAUUUAUACACCGCUAAGACUAAAAAUUCUGUAAAGAUGCGUCACUUUCUACUUAACACCAUCUCCAUAAAUAUUUUAAGAAAACUCAAGGUGGUGUCCAUUUAUGUACAUCUCUGCCGAUCUAUCCAAUAAAAAUUUAAAAUUAAGUUUUCAUAGUAAUGUUAUAUUCGUUUUGAUGUCAGGACUGUCCACUUAGGUGAUGUGAAUCUAGUUUUUUUUGAAAGUAAUUUAGCUGCGAAAUCUGAUAUUCAGCCGUAUAUUGUAUAGGGUAUACAAGUAACAUACAGACAUGGCUCCAACUAUAUAAGUAUAAUAAACCAACCAGCUUAUUUACGAACAAGUACCUAACUAUGAUCAGCAUCAUAAACGUAUUAUUACUUAUUUAAACACAGUUAUUGGUACAUGGGCACACCUAAUUCAUAUGCGCCACACAAAGCAGUCAGUGUGUGCAAAAGCCGAGAUACUGCUUGCUUACCCAAACGAAAGUAGAUGGUAUUUUUAGGGAGCCACAUCCCGAACCUUUGACCUAAAAGCAUAAUCCACAAGGCAGUGGAUCAACGUUGGGCAUGCGGUCCUAUGGUAGCCGAUAAUUAACAAUGGGUUCAUCUUCCGUUUGUUCCCUCAGGAUGCUGGAGUCCAUG